AUGGCAAUAUGUAGAUUCAUGGGUCCUCCUGAUCUUUUCAUUACUUUCACAUGCAAUUCUAAUUGGCCAGAAAUCAGCAAGGGCAUAAGUUUGAUACCUGAUCAAAAAGUUGUGGAUCGACCUGAUAUCGUUGCACGUGUUUUUCACAUAAAAUUAGAUCAAUUUAUGAAUGAUUUAACACAUGGACAGCAUUUUGGCAAGGUGAUGGCAGCAUUAUAUACAAUUGAGUUUCAAAAGAGAGGGUUGCCCCAUGCGCAUAUUCUGUUAUUCUUACAUCCAGAUGAUAAGUGCACUACACCAAGAGAUGUUGAUCGAAUCAUUUCAGCCGAACUGCCAGAUAAGAAUACUGAUCCAAUAGCUUAUGAAGCAGUUUUACAAUUUAUGACACACGGACCAUGUGGACCAGCUAAUACAAGGUCACCGUGUAUGGAAAAUGGAAAGUGCAGUAAACAUUAUCCCAAAUAUUUUCAGACCGAAACAAUAAUUGAUGAAAAAGGUUUUCCAGUGUAUAGGAGAAGGGACAAUGGACGAGAAGGUAUUAAAGCUGGUGUGAAAAUUGAUAAUCGAUGGAUCGUUCCUCAUAAUGUUGAUUUGGUUGUCAAAUAUUGGGGACAUGUUUGUGUUGAAUUGUGCAAUCAAAGCAGGUCUAUAAAAUAUUUAUUCAAAUAUGUGAAUAAAGGAUAUGAUAGAGCCACUUUUGUCAUUGAGGAAAAUGAUGCAACUGAUGGACAGAGUGGAACACGAGUUGUUCGUGAAGUGGAUGAGAUAAAAAAAUAUCUAGAUUGCCGAUAUAUAUCAGCAUCAGAGGCUUGCUGGAGAAUAUUUGAUUUUGACAUCCAAUAUCGGAGUAUUGCCGUUCAAAGAUUAAAUUUUCAUCUUCCAAAUGAACAGCCAGUGCUAUUUGGUGAUAAUGAUCCUUUGGAUGAAGUAUUAAACAGAGCAGAAGAACAUAGUACAAUGUUCAUUGAAUGGAUGAAAACGAAUUCCAUAGAUACAUCUGCUCAACAGUUGACUUAUGCAGAUUUUCCUACACAAUGGACAUGGAAAAAGAAGCUGAGAAAAUGGGUUAAACGGAAGUCUGGUCGAUCAAUAGGUAGAAUUUUUUAUGCUCAUCCUUCAACUGGAGAAAGAUUCUACUUACGCAUGUUAUUGAACAUUGUCAAAGGUCCAAGAUCAUUUGAGGAGAUUAGGACAAUUAACGGAGUCGUGCAUCCAACGUUUAAAGCGGCAUGUCAAGCGUUGGGAUUAUUGGGUGGUGAUGAAGAAUGGCAUAAUGCUAUAAGAGAAGCAGCAAAUUGGCAAACAGGUCAGCAAUUACGUGAAUUAUUUGUGACCAUGUUAUUAUUUUGUGAGGUAUCUAAUCCAUUAGAUUUAUGGGAGAAAAAUUGGGAAUUUCUUUCUGAUGACAUAUCCUAUCGACAACGUCGUAUACUCGGAGAUAAUUUUAUAUCUUUCAGUGAUUCCCAAAUAAAGAAUUAUGCACUUUAUGAAAUUGAAAAAAUUCUCAAUCGAAAUAGUAGAAGUUUGAAAGAAUUUCCUGGAAUCCCAUUUCCUGAUAUGCUAUUGGAUAAUGAUAAUCGAAAUCGGUUUAUUAUUGAGGAAUUGAAUUAUAAUAGGGAAAUUCUUGCACAAGAACACUUUCAACUACGAAGUGGGUUGAAUGAGCAACAGCUACAAGUGUAUAAUGCAGUCAUUCAUGCUGUUGAUUAUGGUCUCGGUGGUCUCUUUUUUGUUUAUGGUAGUGGAGGAACAGGAAAGACUUAUUUGUGGAGAACUAUAAUUGCUCGAUUACGUUCACAAGGCAAAAUAGUUUUGGUGGUAGCAUCUUCUGGUAUAGCUUCUCUAUUGCUGCCUGGUGGAAGGACAGCUCAUUCGAGAUUUAAAAUUCCUAUAAUUAUAGACGGUGAUUCUACUUGCGCAAUAUCACAGGGAUCACAAUUGGCUGAGUUAAUUUGUAAGGCAUCAUUGAUUAUUUGGGAUGAAGCUGUAAUGUUACAUCGAAAUAUUUUUGAAGCGGUUGAUAGAACAUUUAGGGAUAUCUUACGCUUUCAUGAUCCUGACUCUGCGCACAAAGUUUUUGGUGGCAAAACUAUGUUACUUGGUGGUGAUUUCAGGCAAAUUCUUCCUGUUGUACCCAAAGGGGGUAGAACUGAAAUUGUUGCUUCAUCAAUUAAUCGAUCUUCUUUGCUUUGGGGUCAUUGUCAUUUAUAUCUAUUAUCUUUGAAUAUGCGUAUACGAGGUAAUGACAUGCAUUCAGAUUCUGUUGAAAGUUUAGAAGAAUUCAGCAAAUGGAUUUUAGAUUUGGGUGAAGGAAAAUUACCAGCUAUUUCCUUUGAUGAUGAAGACGAAUCUACUUGGAUAGAGAUUCCUGAUGAUCUACUCAUUCCUCAGGAUACUGACUGCAUACACCGCAUUAUUGAUAGUACGUAUCCUGAUCUAUUGGCUAAUUAUAAUAAUGCUUCAUAUCUUCGCAAUAGAGCUAUUCUUGCCCCGACCAAUGAUGUUGUUGAUGAAGUAAAUUCUGUUAUUCUAUCAUCCAUUCCUGGCCAUUCCAGGAUAUACUUAAGUGCUGAUAGAAUCUGUCCCACCUCUGAUUGCGGACUUGAGCAAGCUUCUUUAUACCCGGUUGAGUUUUUGAAUACACUUAAAUUCUCUGGAAUUCCAAAUCAUUCAAUUGAGUUAAAGGUUGGAAUUCCAAUUAUUCUGCUACGCAAUAUGAAUCAGAGUCGGGGUCUGUGCAAUGGUACACGGUUGAUAAUUACAAAUCUGGGAGAUAACAUCAUAGAAGCUGAAAUGAUUACAGGGUCAAGUAUAGGGACAAGAUUUUUCAUUCACAGGAUUGACAUGACUCCUACGGAUUCAAAAUGGCCUUUUGUGAUGAUUCGACGUCAGUUUCCUAUUAAGGUUUGUUUUGCUAUGAUAAUAAAUAAGAGUCAAGGCCAAACUUUUGAUAACGUUGGAGUGUACUUGACAAAACCUGUAUUUAGUCACGGCCAAUUAUACGUUGCUGCUUCUCGAGUAACCUCCCGUCAAGGAUUGAAGUUUUUGAUCAAGGAUGAUCGAAAUCCGGAAAAUCGUCGUACAAGAAAUAUUGUUUAUCGAGACAUAUAUGAUAAUUUACGCAUUGGUAUAGGUUAA